GGACCCUGAGAGGCGGGAGCAGAUGCUGAUAACUAAAGGAGCAGUGAUGCAGAUAGAAGCUUUAUCAGAAGGCAUUAACCACCUCACACACUUACUGAGCCGAGACGAGCUGCUGAGGGGAAUGAGACGCAGCCACACAGCCAUAGUGUGAGCGAGCUAACACCGCUAGCAACCCUGAUCAACCACUAGCAACUCCCUGAGCCUAACCCAGCACACCCUCACCCCCAGCGGAGAGCACACAGCGCAGAGACUGUAAGGCCCAGAGACUCGGACACCCUCCCUGCAGAGAUCAAGCACAAAUCUGAUGGAUCUGGCAACCGCAUUGCCUCGUCCUGCUCAUGUUUAAUGUGGAGUGAAGUGUGUAAUUGCAGUAGGCUUUUUUUAUUUUAUUUUAUUUGAUAUUUUUUAGGAAUACGUGCCAUUUAUGAUGCGUAAUGAAAGCUAGUUUUAGAAUUUUAGAAUAGACUUUGAACAUAAAAUUAUUUUUAAUGUGUUUAUUUUCAUAAACAGGGUGUUUUUGUCUCAGCGAUUUGGCUGGCACAUUAUCUUACAGCUGGGCCAGGUUUUAUUAAUCUUAAUGAUAAAAUACCUCACUUCUAUAGAUUCCAGCAAUCAAGUAAAUCCUCUAGUAAUUGUUUCCCCUGUAUAGAUAUUAUUUUAUUACUUUAUGGACUGAUGCUUUUUACAGUUUGUACAUGUUUUUGUACCUAUCAGUGGUAGAGAGACCAGUAAAAAGCUCUUAAGUUUAUUUUAUAAAGACUUUAAGUAUUACUAGUAGUGCUAGUAAUCCUGCACUGCCCAAGCAAACAUAAAAGUACUGCCAAAAAAGGUGCACAAAUCUACACAUAAUCAUUUUCUUUCUACUACAGGUAUGCUAGUUAUUUAUGAUUGGUGCUUAUUUGCGAGCACAGUGACUUAUAAACCUGUGUAAUACUUAAAGCGCUGCAUUACCUGAACCAGGCACACCCCGGGUUUGUUGCUUUUGUUUCAUACCCCUUUAAAGACUAAAAUGGACUCAAAGUUGGACAGGCAGCUUAAGGGUCAUAAAGGAUGAGAAGGAUGAGCCAAAGGUAAACUCUCCCACUCAUCUCCAGAGGACACUCCCACGCAGGAGAUGGACAUUCUUUGCUUUUGGGAGGGUCCAGGGUUGUGACUUUACCUUAAAGCACACAUAUUUUGAUAGGAGUCCAGAGAGGAGAAGAGAGAGCCAGCCGGAGUUUCUCUUUCCCCCAACAUCAAGGAAAGACUGAUACUGUGCAUUAGAGAAACAACUCUUUAACCAGGACCAACCAAGAUGAACCAAAUGGAGAACCGAGCCAAAGCUAAAUCCAGGAUAUUCAGAUCCCUGUGGUCAAGUUCCAGUAACGCUUCAGCCACAUCUCUGUUUAGUGACUGCAUUCGUGUGGCCACAUCCAGGACCCUUGAGUACCUUCUCUUCUCCGACCCAGAAAACAAGUUCCAACCAAGUCCUGCAGCCCUCUGCGAGAUCUUCCUCAUGACUUACAUCCAGCGCAGCAACCAGCUAAACCUUACAGAUACCUUGAACUACACGGUCAUGACCCAGGAGCAGAGGGUCAUUCUGGGGGCAGACUGGGUCUGGGCACUUCUGGACCUGCCCAGCAAAAACCCUAGAAUCCAAAUCGCUGUUCAGGUCCUGCAUCCUCCAGAGAAAAUGAAGGAGAACGUUGAGGAACGUUCCUCAGAUGCCUACAUGGAGGUCUUGCAUAUGGCUGGCAUGGAGCCCAGUGAGAAAACUCAAGCUGAGAGAAUGGUGGAGUUCUGCUCUGCCAUUGGAAGGACCUGCUUUGCUCUUUUCCUCUUCUUCGGCCACAAGAAUGACCCGGCAAACAUCUAUGGGCUGUUGAGCAACAAUCUACACGUGGCUGUUGGGAGGUGUGUUCGAAUUGACCAGGCUUUUAUAGAGAAUUUCUUCAGAGGGGCCAGACACUUAGCUAGUCCAGCUGGAAUGUUGCAAGCGGUGCUGAAUAAGGAGGAUAACGACCCCCUGACCAUGCUCGUCAAGUUCACCUAACGUUCUUGUUUAUAAUCAACAGCUACUCGCAUUAAUUGCAAGCGACCAAAUUGAUGGUUUAUUAGAAUGGACGACCUUAGCCUGGUUUGCUUCUGUCAUCUUUAUGGCAAGCAAAGACUGUGGUCAGUGCCUGGCAUUCAUGUAUUAGCAAUAGACUCUUAUUAACAUAUAACUAGAUGUGUUUCCACAGCUGGAUUUGAUGAUGCAUUGUGCAUAAUUUUUGCACCAACACCAGCAAAUAAUACCUUGUCAGUAAUUGUUUGUUGCCACUGCCAUUUAUUUAAACAUAUAACUACUCUUGGAACAAAACCCUGUACCUCUAAAACGGCACCUUUACAGGGCAAGCAAAAACACGCAACUUUGAAAGGAAGUUAAUGAAACUAGAUUUACUUUAAAGCAGUUUUGGAGCUUUUCUAUUGGUCCUUUCAACAUGAAAUUUUGGCACGUUAUAAAGGGCAGCUGGCAUUUUCAAACUCUUCAAAAAGUACAAAAUGACAGCAGUGAUACAUUUCUGCAUAAAUCAAUCAUUACGCAACAAAACAAGGUCAUUCAGAGUGUUUUAGUGUGAAGUGCUCUGUUACAAAGAAGCUUACUGAGUCAGAAUUGUUCACAGUGGUGGUGAUGGGAACCAGACGUCUGAAGCUUCUAAGAGCUACCUCAUUAAAAUGUACACUCAUCGUCAAAAAAACAGUUUCACCCGCAAGGAAGUGUCACAUUGCAAUGCUAUUCGGAAGGAAGAUAACGGUUACCAGGAACAAUAAAUGAUUAAAAAUUUAGACUGAUGUGGACAAUAUUUAUUAAGAUACACACAGAAGCAGUGCCUCUCAGUUUGGCGUCGGGCCGCCAUGUUUGCCAGCGCAACAUGCCAGACGUAGAGUUGUAGAGGUUCCUAAUGGUGUCCUGUGAUAAUUCAUCCCAUGCAGCUUGAAUAUUCUCACCCAGUUCCUGCAGAUUUUGCGGUAGGGAUGGAGUGUUGAUAGCACGUCCAAUAGCAUCCCACACAUUUUUAAUCGGGGAUAGGUCUGGCGAUGCGGCUGGCCAUGGCACAGUAUCUGUGUCUUCAAGGCGAGCUCUUGAGACGGCAGCAGUAUGCGGACAAGCGUUGUCCUGGUCGGAGGGCCACUGGUUGCAGGACCUCGUUAACAUAACGCUGGGCUGUCAAAGUGCCUGUAAUGAAGACCAAAGGUGAUCAGGCAUUGUACGAAAUUGCACCGCACACCAUGAAACCAGGCCUUCUGGACAUGUGAUGCGUGACAACAAACCAUUCAUUUUGGUGCUGACCAUGGAGAUGUUGGUCAUCUCCACCAAGACAAAAGCAGGACUUGUUACUGAAGCCGUCUGCCAAUGGUGCUGGCACUAACAGAAAGACUCAUGGAGGAUAUAACUGCUCACUGCUAACUGAAUGUCCGCAAUUGUGGCUGUUGGGUCACUCAGCGCAUGUCAGACAGUCCGUCAGUUCUCCCUCUCUGUGGUUCCCAGAACCUUCAUGUCACUGGUGCAUGCCUUCUUCUAUCCACUGCCGCCAACAGCAUGCUAUGAUAAUAUCCGCACGACUGGUCGAUAAGACCAUCCCGCUUUCCAGAGCCCUGUGAUGUGACCCCUCUCGAACUCUUCCAACUGCUCUAAUUGCUUUUGAACUCUUCUCCGAGGCAGACUUCACUUGCGAAGGAUGCUACCAAAACAACAGCACAAGUCAGAGUGGAAAGCACGCACAGCGGGGCGACCUUAUAUAAUCAGUCAGGCCCAGCGAUAAGGCCCACCCGUGCUUACAUCACAUGAUGCACAGUUGAGCGUGAAACUUGAAUCAUUGAGUCUGUAAGUUUCCAUAUAAUGGAAUAAACCUUUUCACAUUAAACCACUCUGAAUGACUUUGUUUACAUCUCAACCAUUGAAUCAUUGAGACGUUUUGUGGAAUUUCCCCGUUGUGGGAUUAAUAAAGGAUUAUCUUAUCUUAUCUUAUCUGAAUUCCACCUUAAAGGCAAGACAGUACAGGCAGAAAUUAUGAUUUUGGUACCAUCAAUCAUAUUUCCGAUCUUUGGAUAAGUUGCAUCCAUACAAUGUCUUUUCUUAAACUGUAUUCAAAAAUGUCAAAGCUCUACAGAAAUAUGUUUAUUUCAACAUUUUGUCCAUUCAUGUUCACUCUUGUCUAACUGCUUUGCUUUUAUUAUAACGCAGAAUGUUAACAAAUCGUGCAUGUUUUUUUGAGAUCUCACUGAGUGAUGCAGUUCUGAGACUAAUCUCCAAAUCAGCUCGACUUCAAGAAAAUUUAACAUGUUGACUCUGAACCAUAUUCUGAAGGAUAUUACAGAAAGAAUUACCAAUAUAUUACUAAUAGCUGGGUUUGUGCUGCUCUUUUUGUACUACACAGUGACCUACAAAACAAUUUACAAUAACUGUGCAUAGUGUUUUCCUGAUUAAACAAUAAAACAAUGAGAAAAGAUUCUGUAAAAUCCAUUAUUUCAUCAUCCAUAGGCUAAAAGGAUUUUGGCUUUUAAAGUUAUGCAAAUGUAUGCAUAUUUAAUUUUGCAUAUCUAAAUGGUUUUUUUUUUUGGGAAAACCUCAAAUACAAUAAGCACUUGUAUGAUUAUCAGUAAUCAACUGGCUGAGUCAGUGAGGUUGCUUUUAAAAAAUGACCCUGUUGACCUGUAGUGUCUCGCCUUAAAGAUUCUUCACUCACUGUAAAGCCAUAUUUUGAAAUGAAAGCAGCUGUGAAAGAUAACAAACAUUCAUUUUGUUGAACUGUGAUUAUGUGGGAGUGAGAUGCAAGAAAAUAAAUAAUAUUUUUGUGCUGACUGCUUUCGUGUUGUUUCAUCCUCUCUGAAGUCUAUAUAAUAGUGAAAGCAUGUCUGGGUUAACAAGCAUCAUAUUAAGUAUGUAAAGUCUUUAAACUGUAAAGAUGAAGCCUGGAAAAGUGAUUCGUACAGAAAAUCAGUCAAAACUAG